AUGGAUGACCCAAACAAGAGCAUUGACCACGUAGAGGCUGAGCUCCAGGGACUAAAAGACACCCAACAGCUGAAUCUUGAGUUAUCUGAUAAGCUCAAAGAGCAGGUUAUGGCUCAGAAUGUCGAGCUUGCUACAAAGCUGCAGACAGCAAUGGGAAAGGUUGAGUCUCUGACAAAAGACAAAGUGUCUCUGACUUCCAAGCUGGAGAAGGAGCGGAACUGUAGACUACAGCUGAGGGAUCAGCUAGAGAGACAGAAGCUUGAACAUCACCAUGUACUUGAGGCUGUGAAACAGUCCAGUGAUGUGACAGAGGCUCUUCGUUUGGAACUGAAGACCCUGAAAGAAGCCAAACAACAGCUAACCACCAAACUACAGGAUGAGGAGGAACUGAGACAGCCCUCCCAUGCUCCAACUGACAGACUCUUAACCAACAUGAAGACAGACAUCAAAAAGAAUGAGUCUCUGACAAAAGAGAAAGGGUCGGUCACCACUAAGCUUGAGACAGGAAAGGAGUCUGAGGCACUGCAGAAGUCCACUGCUGAGAAACUGGACAGCCUGCAAAAACUAAAUUCUGAGCUCAACCACACCAUUCAGGCUAAAAAGGACUUCAAUUCAAUUCUCAGGGGAGAAGCUUCCAGACUUUCUAUCGCUCUGAAAACACAGCUGAAAAUGAACGAAAACCUGUCAAAAUUGAGACAGAAAGACAUAACUAAACUUCAAAGUGAACACAGUUGUAGACUGGAGCUGCAAAAUCAGCUGGAGAGACAGAAACAUGUCCAUCAGCAGGCACUCGAGGCUGUGAAACAGUUCUCAAAAGAUAAGGAGUUUCUGACUGCCGAGCUAAGGAAGGAGCAAACCUGGAGAGUGCAGCUAAGCGAUCAGCUGGAGAGUCAGAACCUCGGCCAUUGUCAGGCCCUUGAGACUGUGAAACAGUACUCAAAAGAUAAAGAGUUUCUCAGUGCUGAGCUUAAGAAGGAGCAGAUGUGGAGGCUGCAGCUAAGUGAUCAGCAAUGGAAUCAGAAGCUCGCCCAUCAGCAGGCACUUGAGGCUGUGAAACAGUCCAAUUUAGCAGCUCUCCACCAGAUAUUGGAGGCCCUGAUAGCAGCCAAGCAGGAGCUUUCCAGCAAACUCCAGGUUGAGGAGGAGCUCAGAUGUUACUCCCAGGAUCUUGUUGACUGGCUCUCUACUAACCUGGAGACAGAGACCAAAAGGAAUGAGUGUCUGACAAAGGAGAAAGCGUCUCUGACUGCCAAGCUUGAGAAGGAGCAGAUCUGGAGACUGCAGCUACGAGAUCAGCUGGAGGAUCAGAAGCUAACCCAUCAACAAGCACAUAAGGCAGUGAAACAGUUCAACGAUGUGAAAGAGGCUCUCUGCUGGGAAUUGGAGACCCUAAAAGAAGCCAACCAGCAGUUUACCACUAAACUCCAGAUUGAAGAGGAACUGAGAUGGCGCUCCCAGUGUCUAACCGACAGACUCUUGACCAACCUGAAGACAGAGAUGAAAAAGAACGAGUCUCUGACAAACGAGAAAAAGUUGCUCACCACCGAGCUUGAGACAGAGCACACCUGGAGGCUGCAACUGAUCCAACAGCUGGAGGAACAUAAGGAUGCUCAUCUGAAGGAAUCUGAGGCACUACAGAAGUCAACUGCCGAGAAAUUAGAGAGCCUGCAAAAGCUCAACUCUGAGCUCAACCGCAACAUUCGGGCUAAAAAGGACUUCAAUACAAUCCUCAAGGGAGAAGCUUCCAGACUUUCUGUCGCAUUGCAGACACAGAUAAUAUUGAAUGAAAAUGUGUCAAAGCUGAGAGACAAAGACAUAGCUAAAUCACUGGAGCUGCAAAAUCAGCUGGAGAGACAGAAACAUGUCCAUCAGCAGGCACUCAAAGCUGUGAAACAGUUCUUAAAAGAUAAAGAGUUUCUGACUGUUGAGCUAAGGAAGGAGCAGACCUGGAGACUGCAGCUCAGUGAUCAGCUGGAGAGUCAAAAGCUUGACCUUCAACAAAAGGCACUUGAGGCUGUGAAACAGUUCAGUGAUAUGAAAGACGGUCUCUUCCAGGAAUUGGAGUCCCUGAAAGAAGCCAACCAGAAGCUUGUCACCAAACUCCAAGUUGAGGAGGAACUCAGAUGCAACUCCCAGGCUCUAACUGACAGACUCUUUAGAAGCUUGAAGAGAUCAAAAAGAAUGAAUCGAAAGAGUAAAGCAGUGAAGAAGUCCACUGCUGUGACAGACACUCUCAAACUGAAGAGGCUGGAAAAACUCAACUCUGAUCUUAACCACAAACUGCAGGUGGAGAGGGAUAUGAGCACAGCCCUCAGUGAAGAUGCUUUCAGACUCUUUAUGGCCCUGGAUACGCAUGGCAGAGGAGCAGAAGUGGUGACUGAAGUUCAGAUAGGAGUUGAUGAGCUUCAAAGUGGACAACUGGAAGUUCCAAGCUGAUAUACAUGUCCUCUUACAGGCCAUAGUGAAAAAGAAAAGGCCUUCAUUCUGGAAUGGAUGUUCUUUGU